UGUUUUGGGAAUAAUGAUACAAACGAUUGACUGGGGAUUAAAUUCACUUCAUUUCGAAAAACGUGGAAUUUCGAUAUCAAAAAGCAUCAACAAGGAAACUUCGUCCGAUCAGUGCUCUUCGUCAUGACUUCUUCGGUUCCUAGUUGUUGGUAGUGUUGAUUUUCGUCUGCAUUUCUUUCCGUCUUUGUUUGCUUCGUAUGAUGAGAGAGUUCAAUAGUCAGGGACACUUUUCGAUUAAGAAUUUUGCUUCCAUUCUUCAAGUUUCCGCCUGUCGUGUCAUUCUUGUUAUAUUUAUUCUCAUGUACUGUUUUAUUUUAUCAAAUAAAACAGUGGAAUUGUAUCGCUUUAUGCAUUUCACUUGAUGAUAAAACAACUUUUACCAUCGUGUCUGUUUUACUGUGGUAGAAAGAUGUUUAAACAAUAUUACAAGGGCAGCCCAUCAAAAGUCUGAUUGGUUGAGGGCAUAUGCUCUCCGGUUUGGCUGCUGCUUGUGGGACUGCGUUGUCAUGUUGUUCCAAGUGUUGAUCGCUCUAGAUAUAUACUUGAUUUUUUUGAUUAUUUGUACCACUUUGUUUCCGCUUUGAUCUUCAGUGUUCUCGGGGUAAGAGAGCAGAAUACAGUAUUCUGUUACGUGGAUUAAGAGGGACGAAUUUGCUCUUAGUUUCCAUCGUUUUCUCGAAAAGGAUCCUUAUACACUGGACUCUUAAUUGCAGACCGUCCUCUAAAUGAAUUUUGCUGUCGUGAAUCACAUGUUGCUUCCAGUCUCAACGAAAUAUUACUCUUACUCACACGAAAUAGUUCUUUCACUCUUACAGACUAUUUCUCUCACUCACACGAAGUAUUACUCUUGCUCACACGAAAUAUUUCCAUCAAUCUCACGGAAGAUUGGUUUUACUUCCGCGAGAGGCUGAUUUAACCCCCACGGAGGAAGACGCAGGUGUAGUUGAGGUCGCACCGCCCCUCCCCUACUCUCACCGCACAGGAGUCAUCGCACACGAAGUCAGGAGUGAAGACUACUCUGUUGCUACUCCCCUUGUUAAGCGGCUUUUCCAAAUAGAGGGCAAUGCAGCCGGCGUCAUACGUGAGUGCCAGGAACACCACCACGGCGAGGACAGACCAGAGCUUCAUGGUAAUGCCACAGAAACAGGGUCGUUGUGGUUCCUUUCAAGUGGACUACACUAUCUUCGGUCUUGCAUCGGCCGUCUCUAUUUAUAUAGCCUUUCCACAUCCGGAGUCUCACUUACUCUGGUGUAUAAUAUUCUAGUCUCUAUCUUGCUGAUGCUCGUGACGUCACCGUUCUGUGACGUCACAAUUCCUCUCCUGUGUCACUACCCAAUAAAGAUAACUCCAAAGCUACGCUGAUACUAAGGAUACUAAUGCACUUCUUUAACUUUGGCAUCUGUUUUUUUUUAGAUAUUUCAGAGGGGACGUAUACAAUAUUCAGAAAGCGUACGAGAAUACACUUUUGAUAUAAAAAAAAACCCGAAUGCGGCGUUAUCAGUUGGGAAAAACCUAUUUAAAAAUGUUGGAAAUUCCGAUCCCUCGCACAUGUACUUGUGUGUGUAAUUAUGAAUCCGUAUUUCAAUGUGUUCAUAGUUUCAGCUUUUCUACUUAGAAAGACCAUGAUAACAAACAUCGUAACACUGUAUUCCAAUGGUCUACUUUUCACAGGACACUCUUCUCCUGCUGGAUGUGUCCGGGAACAGGAUGGCUGAAUUGGGACCGGUCGGACUUCUAAACAACUUGAAGGUCUUGCGUGCUGGCGACAACGACCUCCGGACUCUAAGCCACCUCACAGCGGUCCUCAGCCGGUUACGCCACAUUCAGGAGGCUCACUUCGUAGGGAAUCCUGUCACAGCGCACCGACGAUACCGGCCUGCCCUCAUCCUGGCGAGCCAACCUAAACUCGAAAACCUGGAUGGGCGAGCUGUGUCGUCAUAUUCCAGGGAUUUCCUAAUUCAGGCGAACCGACAUCGCCAGACGUUAAGGCAGCAGAGGGAAGCCCGGCCGCCCAGCCCGCCCGAACCCAGCCCGGAGGCGGCCAGGCCAGACGCUCACCUGCUCUUCACGUCCGCUUCUCACUCGGCCAACGCCUCCGAGUGCGCGACGGGCCCCAUGUUCGUCCUCGGUGCCCUGCGACGCCCGGAGUUCGACCUCAUCCUCAGCCGCGCCCAGAGGAGAGCCAAGGCGUUCGAGACGGAGGCCGCGGCGACGUCCCCGGGCUCCGAGCUCGAGGACUGGUCGGUGCUGGACGAGGACAGGUUCUUCGCGUCCAACGGGGGCGCUCCGGAAGGGGGGAGGGACGGGGACGAGGAGGAAGACUCCCACUGGUCCAGGGGCUCAAGGGCCAGAGGAGGGGCGCCGCUCGAGAAGAACGUCUGGUUCCCGGCGGGCGACGCCUCCCCGCCGGAGGAGCUGCCGCGCCUCGUUCCGCGGCCCUACUGGAGGAACAAGCCGCCCGCGCCUAGGGUCCACUUCCCGGGCAAAUCUUAGAGCUCUGUACUUCCACUGUGCAAUAAAGUUAGAAGAUAUCUCUUCUCGGAAUUCCAGAACA